ACCACAUUUGACCGUUGCCUUCACAGAAAUCCCACUCGGAGUCCGCUGCCAAAUAUGAAGAAGAGAGCAUCUGCAAACCCUAAUCUCCAACUCGACUGCAAUGGCGGAAUCCAGACCUCCAAAAUCUCACUCUACGAGCAGUCAAGAGAGGAGAGAAUCAAAGAAAACCUCCAAAGGAUGCAGAAACUCGGUAUCAUGGAUCUGUCCCAUAAGCUCAACUCUCUCCUCCCUGACAAGCUCACUCGGAAGAAGAAUCCAUCAUCGACCUCGUACUCCUGUCCCCUUCCUCCGCCUGGCCCCGUUCGCCGCUCCUCUAGGUUGCAAAAUGCAGCUCCUGUUAGCUAUGCAGAAGUGGGUUUGGCAAAGAAAGAUGAGGGUGUUAAGCUAGAGGUGGGUACAAGGCCAGAGGUGUACACGGAAGAGCAUGAGAAGCUGUUGGGUAAUACCGAGAGGAGCUGGACACUUUUUGUGGAUGGUUAUGGAAAGGAUGGGAACCGGAUAUAUGAUCCCGCCAAGGGAAAGACUUGUCAUCAAUGCCGGCAAAAAACUUUAGGUCAUCGUACUCACUGCUGCAAAUGCAACAUGGUCCAAGGACAGUUCUGUGGAGAUUGUUUGUACAUGAGAUAUGGAGAGCAUGUACUUGAAGCUAUAGAGAAUCCUAAUUGGGUUUGUCCUGUGUGCCGUGGAAUUUGCAACUGUAGUUUGUGUCGAAAUGCAAAAGGAUGGGCCCCUACUGGAGCUCUUUACAAGAAGAUUUCACAAAUGGGCUUCAAGUCGGUUGCACAUUAUCUCAUCCAAACCAGACAGGCACAAACCAAUAUUGAAAAGAAUCCAGAGAAUAGAGAUCCAGUUUCUGCUAAGAGGUCACUGUCAUUUCCAGACGCAGAAGCCCAUCCAGAGGAACCUUACAGGGAUGAUAGUAAUCACCUGGGAAUAUCAAAGGCUCAAUCAGAAGAAAGAGAUCAUGAUGGCUUUAAUAGUGAGAAAGAGAACAAUCCAGCUGCUAUCCAUCAAAUUUCUGUAAAGGAAUCAAAUCUCGAACAAGAAUCCAAAGAUGCAGAAUCUGAAGAGAUUGAUCUCAAGGCCAAUGGCCACCUUGGUAUUACAGAGCUUGAUUUUGAAGAUAAGAAAAAUGCUGGCUUUAAAGUUGAACAUGGGGAGUCUCAUCUAUCACUCAAAGAACAUGAUAGUAGCAAUAUGGUCUUGGAACCACGCUUUGAUGGAAAAUAUGAUUUCCAGAGUGAUGAGGUAACAGGGAUGACUGUGAAAGGUCUUGAUACCAUACAGGCUAUAAACAAUACAUUUCUGUUGGAAGAAAAGAAGGAAGUGAAGGAAGUACUUCAUUCAUAUAACAAAAAUGGUAAAAGAAUUGUUAGAUCAGGUAGUGAUUCAAAGCUUAAAAAGAGAUCUCUUGCUGCUGAGCCUACUGUGGACAGUAUUGCUGGAAGGUUAAGGCAAAGGUGUAAAGAAGUCAAAGACCAUAAUGUGCAGGCUUUAAACAUCAUGUUGUCAGAAAAUGAAUUGGAAAAAGGGGAAUUGGUUCAUGGAGAUAACCAACAUGGUGAAAGUAGUAUUGGAACUGAGAACAGUAUUGGUGGAAGGUUAAGACAAAGGCGUAAGGAAGGUAAAGACCAUAAUGAGCAGUUGUCAGAAAAUGAAUCAGAAAAAGAGAAGCAAAUGCUUCAAGGAGAUAGCCAACAUGGUGAAAGCAAUAUCGGAACUGAGAGUAGUUCAAAGCUGAAGAAGAGACUUACUGUUGCUUCUGUACCAAGUGCAGACAGUAUUGCUGGAAGGUUAAGACAAAGGCGUAGAGAAGGCACAGAUAAUGACAUGAAAGCGUUGUUAGGGAUGAACAAGAAUACUUCGGAUUAUAAGGCUGUUAACCAUACCUCACUGGGAAAGGAAGCAGGGGGAAAUUUGAAGCACACGAGUUCUGGAACUAACCUGGACAGUAUUGUUAAAAGAUUGAGGCCUCGAAACAGAACCAUGUGAAGAAGCUCUCUCCCAUUUGUAUUUUUAACUAAGAUGAUCAACUUCAUAUUCUUUUUGCUAAUACAGAAUCUGAAGCUAGGAUGAAAACAACAUGAAGAAUCGGUUAUUUGGGUUUUCUGUGAACCAUCAAUUCAGUCUCCCUCAGCCUGCAGCAGCGAAAAACUUGGUUUGUGAGUACUUUGUACACUGACAUGCAACAUGCAAUAUUUUGGCUUCUUUCUGUAUGCAAUUCCUGUUGCAUUACUCAAUUCAGUUGCAGUUAUUUGUCGGCUAUGACAUUUUGAGAUUACUGUUAUGAUUAUCAAGAGAGAGGGUUGGGGGAGAGAAAGAGAAAGUUUCUUCCUUUUGAGCUGUUUAAGGUGUUCAAUGGAGACUUGAAUCUUGGAGGUGGAGGAUCUCUAUGUCCUCUGUAUUUUCCUUGAAACCCUUUUGCUCCUUGUUUUUUCGGGUGUCCUGUUGAGGGGUGAGUGGGUUCCUUUGAUUUUGGGAUCUGGGUUUAGGGUUCUAGGGUUUGAGCCUUUUGACUCCCUCUUUUCCUUUCUUGGGUUGCUUCCAAGUUCUUGUCUUUGCUGUACUUUACUGAAAAAAAUGGGGCUUUGACUUUCUUGUAUACUUCCAAUCCUGUGUUCUCCUUUUCUGUGGGUUUUCACCUGAGAUUUUUGUUUGAGCUUAUUCCUAGUUGCUC